AUGGGACUGGGCCAAUCGCAGACUACCGAAUUGCUUGAGAAACUCAGGGGUCGACAGGCAGAUAUCAAAGAUAUCAUUAACACUGAAUCCAUCUUGUAUACAAUGCCCCUGCUCAACUUCCUCCACCGCAUCUACACCAGCAUCCGCCCACCAACCGCCCCAAAGCAGGAUGACGCGUUGCGCUUUGGUCUGCUGGGGGCGUCGAACAUCGCUCCCCUCGCGUUGAUUGCCCCUGCCAAGUCGCACCCCGAAGUCAUCGUCGCGGCCGUGGCUGCCAGAGACCGCAAGAAGGCGGAGGCAUACGCCAAGAAACACCAGAUCCCCAUCGUCCAUGACAGCUACCAGGCCCUGCUGGACGACCCCGCGAUUUCGUGCGUCUACAUCGCGCUGCCCAACUCGCUGCACUACGAAUGGGCCCUGCGCGCUCUCCGCGCCGGCAAGCAUGUCCUGCUCGAGAAGCCGUCCGUGUCGAAUGCCGUCGAGGCGCGCGCGCUGUUUGAGCAUCCGCUGGUGACCGCUCCCAACGCUCCGGUCCUGCUGGAGGCCUUCCACUACCGCUUCCACCCCGCCUGGCAGACCUUUCUCUCCCUGAUCCGGCGCGACCCGCUGGCGGGCCCGGUCGUCCGCGCCUCCGUCUAUCAGUAUGCGCCGAAGGGCUUCAUGCCGGAGGACGACAUUCGCUUCCAGUACGCGCUGGCUGGCGGCUGCAUGAUGGACUUUGGCACGUACAAUCUGUCCUGUCUGCGGCAGAUCCUCGACGACGCUCGUCCUGAGGUGCUGAGCGCAAGCUACCGGGGGAUGCCGCCGCCGAGGAAGAAGGGUCUGCAACCCGAACCCCAGAUCGACCAGGCCAUCACGGCCACCUACCGCAGUCGCUCUGGAGCAAUCGGGCACCUGGAGGCCGACCUGGCGACGGCGGGCGGGUUUCCAGCCUUCCUGCCCGCGUCGUGGACGAAGAACUGGCCGAGCAUAGGAUGGCCGAAAUGCGUCAUCGAGCUGGGCGAGAAGACAGUAGAUGAGUCCUCCUCCUCCUCUUCCACAGAAGGUACAUCGCACACGGUGCAGCGAACAGUGACGCUGUGGAAUCACCUACAGCCGACGUUCUACCACCGCAUCGACGUGCGCGACACGCACACGAUCCGCCAGGGUUCGCAGGUAGUCCGACGCUGGACGGAAUCGAAGCAGAUCAAGGCAUACGACUGGCCGGAGAAGCAUCCCGGUCGUAAUAAUAAUAGUGGGGCGGCCUGGUGGACGACGUACCGGUACCAGCUGGAGGAGUUUGUGCACCGCGUCAAAGGGCGCGCGGGCUCCAGGGUGUGGAUCGAUGGCGCGGACAGCAUUGCGCAGAUGGAGGUUAUUGAUCGGACGUACGAGAAGGCUGGGCUGGCUGUGAGGCCGACCAGUUCGUUUACUGUGUGA